AUGUCAUCUUCAAAUACAUCAACAUUAACUUAUAUUGGCCAACAAAUAACUGUCUAUGUAGGUUUUAUUACAGUUAUAACUGGUGUUCUUGGCAAUUUAUUCAAUAUUAUUGUAUUUCUUAGCCUUAAAACAUUUCGAGAAAGUACAUCUGGAUUUUAUCUGAUUGUCAUAUCAUUUGUUAAUAUUGGUCAAUUACUUUUCGGGUUAAUUUCUCGUAUAAUGAUAUAUGGUUUUCUAAUAGAUUGGAAUGCAAUGUCAAUAGUCUUUUGUAAAACCCGAUUACCAAUUGCUACUAUAUGUUCAUUAAUUUCAUAUACAUGUUUAUGUUUGGCAACAAUUGAUCAAUAUUUGGCAACUUCUAUUCAUCCUCGUUGGCAACAAUGGAGCAAUAUGAGAACAGCUUACUAUCUUACAAUAAUAUUUAGUUUAUUUUGGAUUUUACAUACAAUUCCAUAUUCAGUAUUUUCAAUUCAUGUAACAUCACUUGUCACUGGUGCGGUUACUUGCAUUAUUACAAAUAACACUUUAUUACAAUACAGAAAUUAUUUUGCUACAUUGUUUCUAACAGGUUAUAUUCCAGAUUUUAUUACACUAUUAUUUGGAAUUUUAGCUUAUCGUAAUAUAAAUCAAAUAGCUUAUCGUACAAUACCUCUUGUUCGUCGUGAAUUAGAUAAACAAUUAACAGUUAUGGUUUUGGUACAAGUAAUUAUCAAUUUAAUGACUAAUAUACCAACUGUUACAAUAUCUGCUGUUGUAUUUGCUACAAGUAAUAUUAAAAAUGCAACUGCCUCAGAUAUAAUACAAUUUCUUAGUACUGUAACAACAAUAAUAUUCUAUACAUAUUAUGCAAGUUCAUUUUAUAUCUAUAUGUGUGUAUCUGAACGAUUUCGUCGACAAUUUAUCUAUGUAUUAUUUGAAGUACAUCUUCAACGAUGGCGACAACGAUUAACAGUCAAUAAUCAAAUUGCUCCAGCUUAA